AUGUCAAUCGGUAUUAUUGAGCAACUGCUAGACACAAAAUACGAUCGGACUCAUGAACGCCCCUCCUUAGUCACCUUCUUCUUUUGUCAGAAUGGAGAUUCUGAGCUUAACACCAUCGAAGCUCUGCUGAAAGGACUGAUUUUGCAACUUCUGAAACAAAAUCUAGAACUGAAAGAAUGCCUAAGACGCCGAUGGGAUUCCAAGAAGAACCGUUUCCUUGACGAUAUGACUUCAUGGCACGCGCUUUGGAACAUAUUCCGGGAAAUGCUAAGUGAAUGUCGACGUUAUCAGGUCUAUGUGAUCAUAGAUGCUCUUGACGAAUGCGUGUCUGACGGUGUUUCUGAUUUCCUGAAAAUGAUUACGUAUACGGGACUUCAGUCAAGCGUCAAAUGGCUAGUAAUAAGUCGGCCAUUUCGUGACGCUGAGAGACAACUCAUGGCGGGAAUCAAUCAUAAGCAAGCCACCCUGGACCUUGAAUCUGAAAAUAUCGAGUCGGGUAUCCAAAAAGCCAUUGGUGUCUAUAUUGCUUCAAAAGUGGUUGAGCUCCAGCAUCUGAACGGAUUUUCAGAUGAGAUCAAACAUACAAUCAAAAGGCAAUUAAAUGCAAAGGCAGAUGGCACCUAUUUAUGGAUAAGCUUGGUGUGCAAGAAGCUGGAGGGUGUGCACCCAGAUAAUACAUUGAAUGCGAUUGAUACACUACCGCCGGACUUGCAUUCAUUUUAUCAUCGUGUAUGCUUGCAAUUGACCAGUGAGUCCCGUGGUCUCUCGCAGAAAUAUAUGCGAAUUCUCAAAGUCAUGCUACUGGCUUACCGACCACUUGAUUUGAACGAGCUUGAAAGUGUUACUGGGUUCAAGCAGGGGGAAUUUUCAUUUGACGAGUUUGUGAUUGCCUGCCAGUCGAUUCUCAAAAUACGAGGUAACUCAAUUGAAUUCGUUCAUCAAUCUGUCAGAGACUAUUUACAUGGGCGAGAAGGCGAGUCCCUUCUAGAUACUUACGAAAGCUGGGGACAUAGCGAGAUCGUGCUACAAUGUGUUGAUUAUAUGUCUCGCCGACUCAAAGCCGAUAUUUUGGACUUCGCUCGACCAGAUGUGACUCGGAAGGGCCUGGAGUACAUCUCGAAAGAGCGAGCUGCGGUGCUAAGUGAUCUUGAUUAUGCAGUCCAUCAUUGGACUCUGCACCUGAAAUUUCACCUGUUAACCGAUCUUAUAGUCGUCCAUGAGGCCAUUGAACAGAAAGCAGCUAUCAGUAACUUCGUCAAAACCUACUUCUUGGAAUGGAUCGAGUGUUUAAGUUGGCUGGAUAGUAUGCCAGAUGUUAUAAUGGGGACGCAGAGACUGAGAACAGUGGCCGAGGUCCAAGACGAAUCAUUUCUGUUGGAGUUCACCCAUGACGCAACUCGAUUCCUGCAGCGUCAUUCCUACACUUUGGGAAUCUGGCCGUUGCAGAUAUAUAGCUCGGCGCUCAUUUUCAGCCCUGACAAUAGUAUUAUUCGGAAGUUAAACCGACACAAAUUACCGUUUGAAGGGCACACAGAAGCAGUUUCAGCGGUCGGAUUUUCGCCUGAUGGUAAACACAUCGCUUCUACAUCCACUGAUGGCGAUAUCUAUUUCUGGCGAGUUAAAACGGGCGACCUUGAGGAAAUCAUUGAAGAUGACGAUCCGCGGACAAAGCAACCAUUGAUAUUUUCGCCAGAUGGCAAAUGGAUUCUAUCGAUCUGUCACGGGGCGCAUCGCCUCGACUAUAUCAAAGUAUGGAAUAUCGCCGCCGGUGAAUUACAUGCCACAUUCAAGACUGAAGAUGCAGAUACUGCGACAUUCACAGCCAACAGCAAAUACAUUGUCUCAGUGAAUUAUGGUAGAUCGCCUGCAGUCGAGUUCUGGGACAUUCAAGGUUCAAGAAUCAGCUCGCAGCUGAAGAUGCCCAAAAACGAAGGAAGAGAACAUGGAGGUGUGGCGUUAUCUCCAGAUGGCAGGUACAUGGCAUCAUGCACUAAGGACAACAAGUUCGGGAUCUGGACCCCAGAAGGCGCUUUGAUUAGGUUUAUAAAUGUCGGCAAGCACGAGGUCAUCGAUGCAUUGGCGUUCUCUCAUGAUGGCAUAUAUGUAGCCUCCAGCAGCGGUGCUGGAGACAUCAAUAUUUGGAACACGAAAGAUGGCACACUCCUCCAGUCACUACAAAAGCCUCCAUCUGAAUGUGAACUGCAAGUGCAAUCUCUGAACGUUUCUCCAACUAAGGAGCAUAUAGUGGCUGUGUGUUAUUUGGGGCCUGUUCUUUUGUGGAAUGUCUCCACCGGCGCUUUUUUGAAGAUAUUGACUCUCAGCCCUGUCAACUCACUGGAAUUUUCCCCGGAUGGGACUCAUAUCGCAUCGGCCUCUUCAGACCAUACAAUCAGUCUAUGGGAUAUAGCAGAGGAGGAUGAUCUUUCCCCAAAUGCUUCGAAAAUAGUCGCCCUGUCGACGGAUGGUGGCACGACCACAGUUGCAACCUACAAAAAACCCCACCUUACUGUGAAGAAUUCCGACGACGAAACCCUAAUCUGGAACAUGGACUGUCCUGACCUGUUAGAUUAUUCUGUCAAAUUUUCAGUGGACGGAAAGUUCAUUGCAUGGGCGUCAACAUCAGAUUCUCGAUCUUAUAUUCAUAUCGCGGGCACGACUGACAGUUACAAUAUACGCUGGAAGGCACAUCGAGGGUGUAUCGGUGCACUAGCGUUCUCUCCUGAUGGAAAACUACUCGCGUCAAGUGGAGCGGGCAAGCACUUGAUCGAGGUGAAUAUGUGGACAACGGAAGGCAAGCACUUAAGAACGUUGGCCGCUCAUAACACGCUACCUUUGCUAUUGUCAUUCUCUCCCGACUGCAAAUUUUUCGCAUCCAGUGACGAACAUCACACUCAUCUAUGGGAUCUCAGAAAAUGCAUCGACUACAAGUAUCACUUUUCAGUAUAUCGGUCUUGGGAUCGCCCGAGCAAAGGCAACGUCUAUAAUCUGAAAUUUUCGACCGAUGGCAAAUCAAUAUAUACCGACAACGGGGUAUUGAGGCUUAAAAAGAUCUUUCCUGAGACAUCACGCGUUCGUUCAGCGACUUUGGAUGACCUCGAUCUCUGGGUUAGCGAUCAGUGGAUCCAUCUUGGACCGAUGCCGUUCAUACGGCUGCCAGCAGACCAUAAUUGGGGACAAAACGAUGCAAAGAAAAACCAUGUGGUAAUUAGUUUCCCUGAUCGACCCCAUCCAAUUGAAUUCAAUUUUGAUCGUGUCUUGAUGCUCGGUGAGAUCUUGUCGAAAGGUCUAGAUGCUCUUUCUCUUUGA